AUGUACCUCGAUAUUCUUAAUAAGAUCGAUGACAGAUACUAUAGGGCUUGCUAUGCUGCCUAUAACUACGACUUUGACAACCUAGUUGCCAACUUUAACAAGGAAGAUUUCGGUGCAAAGUUUACUGAUGACUACUGUUAUGAAGAGGAACUCAUAGAGGAAGCUAAAUACUGUGAAGAAAACUUGAAAUUGGGUCUGCUGCAUGAGUUGACUUACUAUAUAGUUCGAGGAGUGCGUUUCAGUUUCUAUUUUGCGUGGAAAUUGAGACACUCGGACUUGGAACUGAACCACUGGAUCUACAGGGCCAUUUCAGCCAGAUUUGUCAUGAGCAACUACCUCGAGGACGACUUCAUCAAGGAGUAUAUUCCUGCCUGCCUGUGGUUUCCAAAUAUCCCUAAAAAGGAAACCUGCUUGAGACUGCUAGAGAUUGCCCCAGAUUACAAAUACUCCAUCGGUUGUGUAGCUGUACUGAAUGAUUGGAAUGAUGUCUUUUUUGCUUGUGAUUUUGAAGACGUUGACGAAUAUCUUUGGAAAAUGGUGCAGACUUAUCAACGAAAGGAUAUGAUUGAUAUAUUGAAGGGGAAAACUGAGGUUAAGGAGUUUAUAAGAAAUGAUGGUAGGGUUAAAUUAGAUGCCCCAUUACUCGGGAACGAUACAUCGAAGUUUACGCCACGUAAAAACAGAUCUUUUUAUCUUGAACAAUUUACGCUAAGUUAUUUGAUAUAUUAUCAUUCCAUCAGACCAGAAUCACUUCUCUGGUCUGAUAUUGAAGUCCUUGGCGGCACCAACUGGGGAGGACCAGACGCUUAUAGUGAUGUUACGGGUAUUGGAUAUGUACAUGACCGAAGUAUCGAAAGAAUGAUUCACCAGAAUGAAAGGACGGAAGAAUUGUAUAUGUGA